CUCGUAGUUAGUCGCAUAUCUAUAGAUGACAAUGCAAGCGGCAAUUGUUUAAACGUUCGAUCUCAUUGAUUUAAUCCUUAUUAUUUUCCUUACAUGCAGCUUAUAUAAUUUCUGCCGCUCCAUCUCUGUCCAGUUCACCAUGUUGACAUUCAGAGCUCUGCUUGUUUUCUGCUGUUUCUUUAUAAUCCUCUUCUCAGAUUUGAUCCAAUGUCUCGACUCGGAGCAAAAUUAUUCCCAAAACCAAAUACACGAGAUGAUCGCAAAUUUCACCAACACUAUGCUAGAAGAUAAAAAUAUGGUUGGAGGCGCCGUAGCUGUGGUGAAAAAUAACCAAGUCGUGUACCUACGAGGAUUUGGCCGUCGUAACUUAAACAGCUCAGAUAAAGUUGACAACCAUACUUUAUUCGGUUUAGCUUCUUUGACGAAAGCAUUUACCGCAGCGACACUUGUCAAAGUAAUGGAAGAUAGGAAAGAUGUGUCCCAGACAAUGCCAAUCAGUAAGUUCCUGGACAUUGAGUUUUCUACAGAACAAAGGACGAAGUAUGCUAAUGUAGAGGAUCUACUAUCGCAUCGGAUGGGUUUGCCGAAAAAUAACUAUUUACGUUUAAACUUAGAAUUGACGAGAGACAACAUUCCGCAAUAUGUUAAACAGUUCAAACAAUACAAAGAUUUCCGAACCAGUUUCAUGUACAGUAGUAUUAUGUUCGGCCUGGCAGCUCACAUUACUGAGAAAUUGACUAACAACACUUGGGAAAAUAUGAUCAGCGAGAAAAUCCUUCGCCCCUUAGGUAUGCGUGACACCAAAUUUAUCACAAAACCUUACGGUGGUAAGAAAAACGUGGCCACUCCCUACGUUGAAGAUGACGACGUCAAAAAGACUUUGAUCGAAGUUCCAGCUUCAUUCAAACGGAAGUGGGGUCGUAUAGGUUCUGGUGCAAUACAGAGUUCAGCAAACGAUAUGUCAAAAUGGAUGCGGUUCCUUCUAAACGGGAAACGUUCGUUUUUGUGUAAUAUUUUUGGAACCCGAAAUUUUCUUGUACAAACUACAAAUGUUUUUCGCCGACCGAAGAUGCCAGUUGCAUAUAUUAAUGAUAAAUAUGCGCUUGGAUGGAAAAAAGGUUUCUACAGAGGAUAUCCCAUUAUAGUGCAUACUGGAACAAACUGGGGGAAUAAUUUGGUGCUGACUUUGUUUCCUGAAGAAAAACUAGGAAUUUUCGUUGCCCUUACUGGCUCAGAUUUCCAAGCUUACAAAAGGACAUUAGUAAUGCAAUAUGUGGCUGAUCUCUACCUUGGUAAUGAACCCUGGAUAAAUGCGAGUUCCAUCAAAGAUUUCAAAGUCCCAAAAUACAAACCAAGGUGUCCAAAUCCACCUUCGAAUGAAACAAACCGUUUUUACUUAUUUGGAAGUCGGCCCAGCUAUGAAGGAACCUACAGUAAUUCUUUAUGGGGAAAUAUUACCGUGACUAAGACCAAAUCAGGAACUCUGCGAUUCACAUAUGGUUUUGUAACAUUCCAAUUAAUUCCAAGCCCUAAAGUUUUUAGUUCGUUCACAGCAAAGGGAACUGGAGAAAUGCGUUUCCUGAAACUGUCUUCGGUAUAUUUCGAAGUUUGCUCCAAAAGAGGGGUUGUAGCGAUCACUGUUCCAUCGUUCGAAAAGUUAAUGCCACCGACAUUUUGGAAAAUAACUUAAAGAGAACGAAAAUCAAAAACAGUAUUUCAUCGCAAACAUUUCCGCUCCUCCACUUGAUAAUGACGACGAUGAUACUACUACUACUACUACUACUACUACUACUACUACUACUACUACUACUACUACUGCUGCUGCUGCUGCUGCUGCUGCUGCCGCUGCUGCUGCUCGCAUCUUUCGGAAUUUGUUUAUUAAAGUUAGCAGAACUUUUCGACUGUUCUGUUCUUCCGUAUUAUUCAGGAGAUUUAUUUCUAAGCACGCUCGCUGGCACACAUGC